AUGCUCGAAGGAGGUUGCUGCUGUGGUGCGGUCCGCAUCCAGUCUACUGGCGAGAUCCAGGCUAAGGCCGUCUGUCAUUGCCUUGACUGUCGCAAAACCACUGGCUCAACAUACUCCACCAACGUCAUUGUUGCAGGUAGUGGCUUUUUUGUGACCAAGGGCACUCCCAAAAGGUUCUCGAAGAAGGCCGAUAGCGGCAAGACAAUUACGUCAAACUUUUGCGGCGACUGUGGCUCUACGCUCUGGCGUGAGAGUGAGACUUUUGGCGAUACGAAAAUCACCAAGGUUGGCGUGAUAGACGGUACAAGUGCUAUAGAAGACGCGAAACCAGCAGUUGAACUGUUUGUUGCGGAGAGGGUUUCCUGGGUAUCAGCUGUUGCUGGUGCUGAGUAA